GCCAUGGCUGCCGGCGGUGGCGUCGCUUCCAGCGAAACGCUGCGUUACGCCGAGUACUCGCAGCCCAAGGGGAAACUGCCGGACGCCGAACUCGACCACCGACUGGCAAGAAGUUUGAUAGCUGUAGGACUGGGUGUUGCAGCUCUUGCAUUUGCAGGUCGCUAUGCAUUUCAGAUCUGGAAACCUCUAGAACAAGCAAUCACAGACACUGCAAGGAAGGUUUCAUCUUCUAGCCUUUCGUCCUACUAUAAAGGAGGAUUUGAACAGAAAAUGAGCAGGCGAGAAGCUAGUCUCAUUUUAGGUGUAAGCCCAUCUGCUGGCAAGGCCAAGAUUAGAAUGGCUCACAAGAGAAUCAUGAUUCUGAAUCACCCAGAUAAAGGUGGAUCUCCUUACUUAGCAACCAAAAUCAAUGAAGCAAAAGACUUGCUGGAAGCAACCACCAAAUAUUGAUUGAUGCUCAAGAGCCAAGAUGAAGGAAAAAAAUAGAGGACUUAAAAAAAAAUAGUCCUGCCAAUUAAUCUGAAAUAUGGUCUUGAUUUUCAUACACCUAUUGACCAUAACCUUUUUUCCAUCCUUCAAUUAUAUAAUAAUAAAAGGUUAAUAGACUUGCUUUUUUAUUUUCUUUUAAAGGAAUCCUGGAAAUUUUGUAGCUGGUAUUUUGCCUUAUUAUUUUCUUUGUAAUAUUCAUACUUUUAAUGGUUUUUGUUUUAUUAGUCCUAAACAUCCUUCUCUUCCUUCACACACACACACACACACAGUGUACAAAAGCACGAUCAUCUCUGGUGCAGUUGGAAUUUGGGAGCACUGAGUAGAAGUGUUCUUAUGCUUGUAUUUGUACCUCUCUGUCCUUUGUUUCUUCAGAGGAAUUUGAGACUCUGCCUAAGUAAGGUUCUUGAAUGCUUUGAGACCAACAUUGGCUGCCACCUCAUGAAGAAAUGAUCCCAUAUAAUGGAAUUUACUAAAUGGUGAUUUGUUAAGUAGGGGUUGGGACUUUUUAAAGAACUCUGCUGUCUCUGAGAUCCUAUAACUGAAGCAUGAGAACUUGGAGAGCCACUAAAAUGAUUAAAGAUUCAUAAAAUGAGCCCUCUGAGGAACAGCUGAAAAGGGCUGGGAGAAAACAGAGGAGUUUGUAUUUAAUUAUAGUCUUUCCAUACUGUUUAUUUAUUUAAUUAUUCAUUCUACAAUUUUUAUUGACCAUCUCUGUUGUGUAAGGCACUGUAGUGGGUCCUCUGAGAGUUACAAGUAUGAACCAGCUGUGGAUUCUGACUCAGAGGAACUUCUCUAUAGAGAAUACUGGUAGAGAGUUGCAGAUGAUAUGUUAAUGAAGUUCAAAAAAUAGAAGAAUAUUUUAAACUCAGUACAUGGUGGGGAGGGCCUUUGUGGAACAAGUGGCCCAGAGCUGGGUGUUUAAAAAGAUAAUAACACAUUCCAUAUGAUUAGUAAGUCAGUAUUGUUUCUCCUGAGAUCAGAAUUAGCAGAAAUUAUUUGCAGAAAUAGAUUUAUUAUUUAGUGCAAUCAUAAUGUAGAGUUUCUUCUCAAAAGCAAGGGAUGGACAGAAUAGUUAUGAAAGGCCAGCUCUGUAAUUUAAUUGAGAAUUUGAGUCAUUCCAGCAUUAGCCUGUAAUCUCCUUCAUUCCCAUUUUUCUGCUAUGCAUGUGCCUCAGAGUCAAAUCUCAUUUUGAAUACUAUCUUCCCAGUGAUCUUGGGCAGUUACUUAAUUUGCAAGUCUGUAACCCUCAGGAUAAAAUAGAGAAAAUAAUCCUAAUAAGCUUGUUGUAGGGAAUAAAUAUGUGUAAAUCAUUUAGUCAUGUAGCAAAUGUCCAAAAAAUAAAUUACUUCUUUCAUUUCACUUUUUUCCCAUUAAUUUUAUCUUUUAGAACACAAGUUUGAGGGUGUUUUCUGAUAAUCGUUCAUUUUGCUUUUGAAUCUACAAUUUGGUGGGGUCAUAUAGGAGACUGCUCAUCUCUAGUCCAUGAAGUACCAACUGUGGCUGGAGGAGCCACUUCCUGUGAUGGCAAAUUGGAACUGGUUGUUAGCUGAGAGCCAUGGUUCCCCUCUGCAUAGGCUUCUCCCAGGGCUGCUAGAGCUUGUCACACCAUAGCAGUUGUGCUGCAAGUGAUGGUUGUCCAAGAGAGGAAAUGGAUGCUGCCAAACUGUCUUGAGUCAGAGCAUUACUUCUGCCAUAUUCAGUUGGUCUGAAAGUUACAAAGCCUGCCCAGACAAAGGAAGAGGAAAGAGAGAGUGUGAAAGAGUCACUGAUCAUCUUUAAUAUGUAACCAGGGCAUGGUUGAUAAUUUUUUCUCUUAAUCAAAUUAGUAAGGCAUUACUUUAAAAAUAAAUUAGUCAUGUACAACUCCUUGAUGUAUAAGCCUAGGCAGUUUCAGAUAAUACAGCUACUGUUUUAGGCAGAUAUUAAUUUAGUAGUAACUCUAAAUGGCAGUGUAGUUAUAAAAUUGGAGUUUGACCAGCUACCCACCCUCAACUCCUUAUUAUCUAUAAAAAGCUUAUUUGAAUGGUUACCUAGCUUCAGUAAAGAUUGCUUUUAUAUAUCUGCUGUCAUUGCAUAUUCUGCUUAAUUAAACUUUUUGUUGAUACUGCAGUUUUUCUUUAUUUUUACAUCUUAGAUGCAGUCUGAGGGAACAGGGAAGGCCUUUUAAAAACACAAUUUCUUGACAGAGUAUAAGAUGGACAGUUAUAGGAGAGAAUAGAAUGCCAUUUAGAUUAGAGUCAGUGGGGCCAAUCUAGACCAUGAAGUCAAAAGAAGUUUAGUAAGAGAAAAAAAAAAAGUGUUGAGUGUAGCAGACAUUGUUUUAUUUACUCUAUAAAGCAUUUCCUUUAUUUGAAAAUCAUUUUAGUCAUUUAGGAUAUCUGAACCUUAUAUCAGGCAGUAAAAAUACAAUAUGGGUUAAUUAUUUAAUGUGUUAAAACUAAACAAAUUAUAUAUAUAUAUUUUUUUUCUUAAACAUAGGUAACUUUUUUGCCUCAUGCUUUUUAAUUAACAAGAAUUAUUCAGAGUUGUGUUACUUGUGAUUAUCCAGCAGGGUCAUGAGAGAGAACAUAUUUUAUUUGUGCAGAAAGCUUUUGGUUGUCAUAGGGAAACUCGAACACAGAAAAGAGCUUUCAAUGACUUAUCUUUAACAUGUUCCACAAUUAAAUUAAGAUCGUUUAAUGACACUUGUGAGAGAAGAUGAAUCAGGCCCUUAAAUAUUAAAAAAAAAAAUGUUUCUUUGACUCAGCUGACUUAGGAUAUGCUACAGAGACUGCAGUAAGAAGUUAAGUAUCCAAGUAGGGGAUAUUAUUUUGGGGAAAUGGGAACCAUGCCAUCCACAAGCACUCUGCACCUUGCCCAGUAGUCAUCUCUGGGGCACACAGGAGUGAGAAAAUGUGUCACAUCAUCCCUCCCUUCUAAUGGAAAAGCAACCCAAAGAGCAUAUCCCAUUAACACUAGAUCAGUAUCGUCUAUUUGUCAAAAAACAUUUCAUGAAUCAUGAGCCAAAAUUUUAUUUAUGGUGGAGUGAUACCCAUUAGAAAAUUAGAGUUUUUGUUAGUAUAAUUUAUUAGCUGCAAAAGUUGAGAAGGUUCUCUGGACUCAUUUUUAUAGGUGGAAUCUAAGUGAUCUGGAUCAUUGCCCACCAACAAAAUUGCUAGGCAUGUAGACAAAGAAAAUGUUCUUUCUAAUGAUUUUUUAUGAGCUGAGUAGCUAUUGUUCCCAGCUGAGUGCUCUUUUCCUCUUUUUAUUGUUGCUGAGCAAAAGAAUUUAUAAAAAGCUCUUUUUUUAUUAAAAAACCUUGCUCAAUUGAAAUUCAAGUUCAUUGAGUCAUGUUCAUCCCUCUUCCUGCCAUACUAACCCUUUCCCCCUCUCAUCUAUUUAACAGUGCCUAGCAGCAAUGGUCAACAUUUAAAGUCUGUACAGAUUAUUACAUAGAUAUCAAUAUCUAGAUAAGCAGUCUUUAACAUUAAGUGGAGAUUUUAUUCCAUAUUGUCAGUAUAUAAUCACUCAGACUGGAUGUUGGCCCAAAAUUUCAUAUUAGUCCCUCAACUUGUAAGGGGAAAAAGCCCCCUGGAAAAUUAAAACAUCACUGGUAUACUUCCGUUGUGAAGGAUGGUGAUACGGAUGAGGUAUUGGUUCAUUCUUGACACCAUCUAAGCUAUAAUGCUAAAGGCCAAGAAAUUAAAGUUGGUUAAUUUUUAUAAACCCAGUGUUUGCAUAAUAGCUAAUACUUGCUGAAUAACUGUGCCAUUCUACCUACAUUGUCUCUUUUUUAAAAUUUUCAUAGCUACCCUGAGGUAGAAAAACCAAAGACUCAGAGGAGUUUAGGAACUUUUCCAAAAACUUUUUUCAGUGGUGGGACUGGGAUACAAAUACCGUUUUGCUUGACCCUGAAGUAUAUGCUCUAUGAAAAUAGUUUAUGGAAGGAUCUAGUGUGUUGAGACGUCACAAGCAAGGGGUUACGUCUUUAAUUCUGUCCUGGAAGCUUAUGAUACUAUCCAACUGCACAUGGCAAAAUUUCAGUUACGUAGUUAGGCAGCAUGGACUUCGUUGACCCAGAAGGAAUGGAGGGAGUUUUGAUGAGAUUUUACUUGAAACAUUCGUGGGCAAGUGCUCCCAAGGAGAACAUCCAAAGCUAGGUUCAGAAGACAGCUCGUGAACUUGAAGCAGCAGAUUUGGGGAGAGAAAUGAAGACAUCAUUCAAUAUAUUAAAGAUAAGAACAAGACAGAAAGGAACAGAGAGGCAAUGAAAAAAUAUGGUUAAGGACUAAGACAACUGAAUCGAGAUAACUUGCAGCAAUUAAAAAGGAAUUAUGAGAGUUUAGUAGAAUUUUUAAAAAUUGUUUUUCACUAUUCCCAGUUGCAGGCUGAGUUAUUUGUCCAUGUUAAUGCUUUUAUGUCAAAUUGGAAAUUAUAUUUGCAAUUAUAGGGUUGUCUAGUAGAAUCAGUAGAAUUUUAUCUGAAUGUGUCUUGAGAUUUUCACUGAACUCUGUUUCCAGUGUCUGUAUUCAAAUGUUGAAGGGGUUUCCAACUCCUCAUGACUAAUAUUCAUAGCAGACUUGUGCACUCCCUGAAUAUUAGGUACACCUGUGUUUGAAAAGAAGCGCAUACCAAAAUCAACUUGGUGAUUUUCCAUUUAUCUACUCUUGGAUCAUCAAUGCCUUUGCUCUUUUCUUCUGUGAAUGUGGAUGAUCAAGAGUUGACUUUCCAAGUGUUUACAUUUUGGCUUCUAUGCCUCUGGAGUAGGAUGAUAUUAUCUAAUGAUGUAUCCUCUAUGGAAAAAUGGGACAUCGAAUUUGCAUAGUCUCCAUCCUAGGCUGAUGUAUAGUGCGGUGUUGCAGAGAGAGCAGCUCCGGCAGAGAUGCAGCCUUCCCUAAUUAACCCCACUUGGAUUUGAGUUACGCUUUGUUCCUUGGCUUCUUGGUACUUAUGUAUUCACUUUGCUCUCUACUGCAUUCCACUUGGUACUCACUUAUGUACAAUAUUGUUUGGACUUUUUCUCUUUCUUAUAAACAGGGAUUUUUGUAAAGCCAAUGUGUGAAAGUGUGAAUAUACUAAAUUUUAAAGAAGUGAAAUAAUACUGUUGUGUUUGCUUUGUUUGAAAUCAUAAAGGAUAAACUGUAAGAUACUUUUAUUUAUAGUUUUCCCAAUAUGGGUAAAAUGAAUUUUGACAUGACAAAAUUGAAUAUAUAAUUCUUGAAGAUCACCUUGUAUGUUACAUAAUUUCAUCUACACUGUGAGCUCUUUAUUAAAGACUGUGAAUCUUUUA